AUGGUCAAUGUGCAGCCUUCCGCUCAAGGGGUUACAUAUGAACUUGGCAACGUCACAUACUUUGCCAACAUCGAACAUCCCAGAGCAAUCUUCAAUUUGAACUACACCAGUACUUCUCGACCUGUGCCAGCAACAGUCAUCCUGGUGAACCAGAGUGUGGUCACCGGCAGCUAUCUUGAGACUACCAUUUCCCGUUACCUGACCCAAGAUGAUGUCUUCUCCCCCGAGUUCCUGUACGCAAUCUAUCUCACAUCGACUGUCUCAAAGUCUAGAUUGGACUCGACGGCAGAGAAAUAUCUCAGGAGCCACGGCGCGGCUUGUCUUCUAUUCAAUUCCAGCUCUUUCGAUCGUAUCCCGAGCAAUGGAUAUGCGCUAGAGGACGACCACGGCACAUCCCUGCCACCAGGUCCAUUUACCAUUCUCGUCGACAAUGGGUCCGUCUCUUUUCUUGACACCUACCGACUGUAUGUCGACAACUUUAGCACCUUUAUUACUGGUGCAUAUCCCUCCAACGACGGCAUUGGUUCGUUUACUGCGCUACCUGCCAUGAAUCCACGGCUCUGGGGCCCGCUGAUCCCUGUGCCCAGUCGAAUUCAUUCCUGGAAUGACAAUCGACCACUGGCAGGUAAACGAGUCUCUGUAAAAGACCUUUUUGACGUGAAAGGCCUACAGACCUCAGCUGGAAGCCAGGCGUGGAUACAGGUCACCCCGAUUGCCAAUUCGAGUGCUCCUGCCAUUCAACGAUUGAUCGACCUCGGAGCGGUGAUAGUCGGCAAGUUCAAGCUAGCUCAAUUUGCGUCGGCUGCAGAUCCGUGGAAUUGGACUGAUGAACAGGCCCCCUUUAAUCCUCGGGGUGAUGGGUACCUGACCUGCUCGGCCUCAUCCUCCGGAGGGGGAUGCGGAAUCGCUGCGUACGAUUGGCUUGACGCGGCAAUAGGGACGGAUACGGGUUCGUCGAUGCGUCGUCCUGCUUCGGUAUCGGGAACUUUUGGCAACCGUCCUAGCCAGGGUAUGAUGUCGCUUGAGGGUGCUGUUCCACUGAAUGCAGGGGAGGAUACUGUCGGAGUCUUCUCUCGCGAUCCUGUUGAAUGGGCCGAGUUCGCCAAAGCCUGGUAUACCCCAGACCUUCAUCAAGAUCCCUCGAUCAAUAGUCUACCCCCUCUAUCGGUACCAGAUACAACGGCAUUUCCGAAGCGGAUCUUAUAUCCAGUGGAGUAUCUCCCUCUGCCCAAUCCCGCAGCGCAGGCCAUCCUCGACAAUUUCCUUCACGGCAUGACAAGUGUGUUUAACAUGACGACCGAGCGGACGAAUUUUACCGCCACAGCGAGCAAUGCAUCCAUUUCCCCCGAGGCCGUUGGGGACCUCUUCGUCAACUGGAAUCUCUUAUACGACGCCGGGGCGACGCUACAGCUGUGGACCCAGUCCACCAAGGUCUAUGGACCCCUGAUCUCGACCUGGGCUGCGAGGAAUGAAGGUCGUUUCCCCCCGGUCGACGCGCAGUGGAGGGAAGCGUGGACUCGAUAUGAUGUCAGCCAUAUCACCCAGGCAGUGUACGAGCAGGCCCUGCAGACAAAAGCCGCAGCGGUCAACUGGUUCCAGGACGAAGUGUUGUACGAGACCUCUGACUCAUGCUCUGAGGCUGUGAUGAUCUGCGACGGAGGCACCGGGGGCUUGCCGAGUUUCCGUGAGCAAGAUUUGAACAGCAGCCCCAAUGCGAGCUUCAUGAAUGUGUUUCCUGAGCAUGCAGACGUGUCAUGCAGCGGUAUCUGUACUUUAUUUGGAUGUGUGGAUUUUACCAUUCCUCUCGGACAGGUGGACUAUUACUCGCCCGUGACCAUGGUGACGGAGCAGUGGCCGGUGACGAUUAAUAUCAUUGCUCGCAGAGGAUGCGACUUUAUGCUCUUCAAUAUGAUCAAGAAGCUGGCUGAAGAAGGUGUGCUUCGAUCCGUCAAGACCGGAAGGACGGCUUUCUAG